AUGCGCUUCACUCCGUUAAUUGCUAUCCUCCCCGCGCUUGCUGCGGCGCAAGAGCAGGUCCCUCUGGGAGAUCGUGUGCAGGGUUGGUUCAACAAGGCCAAGAAUUACCUCCCUACCGCGACUCCCGUGGUGCCCGUUGAGAAGGUGGUCGAGCAGAAGGUCCAGGAGAAGGCUGUCACCACGGUCAACCUUACAAACUGGCAAGCCACCCUUGAACCGUCGGGGGCAGCUCAGGAAUGGCUUGUAUUCGUGACUGGAGGAAACAAGACUUGCUUUGGCCGUUGUGAGCGCGCCAACAAGGCGUUCAACGAAUCCGUCCUCUUGUUUUCCGCUGACCCUACCGCGCCCAAUCUCGGUUAUUUGGACUGCGAGGCCAACCAGGUUCUCUGCUCUGCCUGGGUCGCCGGCGCACCUAGCCUUUGGCACUUCCAGGUCCCCCAGGCUCAGGAGGGACCCGAGCGCCCCAACACUCCUCUUCACAUCGUCCGCCUGAACUCUACUACCGUUACCGCCGACACCAUCUACGAAGUCCACUCCAAGAAGACUUACCAGGAUGUUCCCGCUUACGAGGGUGCUAUGCACCCGACGGACGGCUGGGUUGCCCAGAAUGGACUCAUCGUUCCACUAGGCUACGGUAUCUACGCUUUCAGCUUGAUUCCUCAAUGGCUUUUCAUGGUCCUCAUCAGUUUCGUCAGCCGCUCUAUGAUGAGCCGUCGACUUGGAAACCAAAACCAGGCACCCGCCCCCGCCCAAGCGAACUAG